AAGAAAACGAAAAACAACGUUAUUUUGUUAAGGUUAGUUUGUUGUUUUCCGUACACUUUUUAUUUUAGAAUUUUUCUCAAAUAAAUGUGGAUUACGAAUAAAACUACAUACCAUACAAGUAAUUAGUACAAGGUAAGAUAGAAGUAUAAGAAUAGCAGUCUGGAAUAUUGUAAAUCAUGGACGCCGAUUUAUAUGAUGAAUUUGGUAACUACAUCGGUCCAGAAUUGGAUAGUGACGAUGAAGAAGAGGAAACUCGUGAACAAGAAGAUGAAGAUGAACAACAGGAAUACGAUGAUGAACAAAUGGAAGAUGAAUCCCAGCCCAUGGCUAUUGUUCUACACGAAGAUAAGCAAUAUUAUCCAUCCGCAUUGCAAGUUUACGGUCCAGACGUUGAAACGAUAGUACAAGAAGAAGAUGCCCAACCGUUAGAUGUACCUUUAAUAGAGCCGGUCAAGAAGAAAAAAUUCCAGUUAAAAGAACAAGAUUUACCAGAAACUACUUAUAAUAUGGAAUUCUUAGCAGACAUGAUGGAUAACACAACGCUCAUCAGAAAUGUCGCUUUAAUCGGUCAUCUCCAUCACGGCAAAACGUCAUUUGUCGACUGCUUGAUAAAGCAAACCCAUCCGAUUUAUCAAGAUUACGAGGAGAAGAAUCUGCGAUACACGGACAUUUUGUUCACGGAACAAGAAAGGGGCUGUUCUAUCAAAUCGAUUCCCGUUACUCUUCUGUUGCAGGACGUGAAAAACAAAAGUUAUCUCAUGAACAUCUUCGAUACUCCUGGUCAUGUGAAUUUUUCCGAUGAAGUUACUGCAGCAAUGAGACUGUGCGAUGGUAUUGUUCUAUUUGUCGAUGCAGCCGAAGGGGUCAUGUUAAAUACAGAGAGACUUUUAAAACACGCUGUGCAAGAACAAAUGCAAAUCACCAUUUGCAUUAAUAAAAUAGACAGGCUGAUUUUGGAAUUGAAAUUGCCUCCUCAGGAUGCUUAUUACAAAUUAAGGCACAUCGUAGAAGAAUUAAACGGGCUUUUGACGCUGUACUCCGGUGAUGCUAAUCCUCAAAUUGUUUCCCCAGUAUUGGGUAAUGUUUGUUUUGCCAGUUCACAGUACGAUAUAUGCUUUACAUUGAAAUCGUUUGCAAACAUUUACAAUUUGUAUUACGGUGAAGUUAAUAUUGAUGAGUUUUCCAAAAGGCUCUGGGGCGAUAUCUAUUUCAACAGCAAAACGAGGAAAUUUACAAAGAAAGCCCCGCAUAAUUCAGCUCAAAGAAGUUUCGUGGAAUUCAUCUUGGAGCCUCUAUAUAAAAUAUUCGCUCAAGUAGUUGGUGACGUAGACAGCAGUUUACUAGAUGUUUUAGAUGAAUUAGGCAUCAAAUUGACAAAGAACGAGAUGAAAUUGAACAUAAGACCGCUUCUGGGAUUGGUGUGUAAAAAAUUUUUGGGAGAUUUUAACGGAUUCGUGAAUAUGUGCGUGGAACACAUACAAUCUCCUUUGGAAAACGCUAAGAAUAAAGUAAAUCACAUCUACACAGGUCCUAAUACAUGCAAGGUGUACGAUGACAUGGUGAAUUGUGACCAAGAAGGAAUUUUAAUGGUUCACAGUACUAAAAUGUAUCCGACAGAAGAUUGCACGUUCUUCCAAGUCCUUGCUAGAGUAAUGAGCGGAACUUUGCACGCAGGAAGCGAUGUCAGAAUAUUAGGAGAAAAUUACACCGUGCAAGAUGAAGAAGAUUCUCGAAUUUUGACUGUUGGAAGAUUGUGGAUUUACGAAUCUAGGUAUAAAAUCGAGUUAAAUCGAGUACCGGCAGGGAAUUGGGUGCUAAUCGAAGGAAUCGAUCAAUCCAUCGUUAAAACGGCUACUAUAACAGAUUUGACGAGUUCCGAAGAUUUGUUCAUAUUCAGACCUCUUAAAUUCAACACGCAGAGUAUUAUUAAAAUAGCGGUUGAACCGGUAAAUCCAUCGGAACUGCCGAAAAUGUUGGACGGUCUGAGGAAAGUUAAUAAAAGUUAUCCUCUAUUAACUACUCGAGUCGAAGAAAGCGGUGAACAUGUCGUUUUGGGAACUGGCGAAUUGUACUUGGAUUGCGUAAUGCACGAUUUGAGAAAGAUGUACUCCGAAAUAGACAUUAAAGUUGCCGAUCCGGUAGUGGCCUUUUGCGAAACAGUCGUGGAAACUUCCAGUUUGAAAUGUUUCGCGGAAACUCCUAAUAAGAAGAACAAAUUAACCAUGAUAGCGGAACCGCUCGAAAAAGGUCUUGCAGAAGAUAUUGAAAAUGAGAACGUCCAAAUCGGUUGGAAUAAGAAGAAAUUGGGAGAAUUCUUCCAAACGAAAUACGAUUGGGAUUUAUUGGCGGCCAGGAGUAUUUGGGCGUUCGGACCCGAUACCACAGGACCCAAUAUAUUGGUAGACGACACGCUUCCUUCUGAAGUUGAUAAAGGACUGUUGAGUUCAGUUAAGGAUUCGAUCGUGCAAGGUUUCCAAUGGGGAACGAGAGAAGGUCCUCUGUGCGAAGAGCCCAUUCGAAAUACGAAGUUUAAAAUUCUGGAUGCCGUUAUAGCGAACGAACCGUUACACAGAGGUGGAGGACAAAUAAUCCCAACUGCCAGAAGAGUCGUUUAUUCGGCUUUUCUCAUGGCUACACCAAGGUUGAUGGAGCCUUAUUUGUUUGUAGAAGUGCAAGCGCCAGCUGAUUGCGUAUCUGCAGUUUACACUGUUUUGGCAAAAAGACGUGGUCACGUAACUCAGGAUGCACCUGUACCCGGUUCACCUUUAUACACUAUCAAAGCCUUUAUUCCGGCUAUAGACAGUUUCGGUUUUGAAACGGAUUUGCGAACUCACACACAAGGACAGGCUUUUUGUUUGUCCGUUUUCCAUCAUUGGCAGAUUGUCCCCGGUGAUCCUUUGGAUAAAACUAUCGUGAUCAGACCAUUGGAACCGCAACCUGCGACGCAUUUGGCAAGAGAAUUUAUGAUAAAAACUCGAAGGCGGAAAGGUCUCAGUCAGGAUGUAUCUAUAAAUAAGUUCUUUGAUGAUCCUAUGUUGCUGGAAUUGGCUCGACAGGAUGUCAUGUUGAAUUAUCCUUUGUUGUAGUUUUUAAAAGAGCAGAAAAUAUGUUUAAACCCCCUUGUUUUCGUGGGCCCUUCUCGACAAGUACGGCAACACCUCGUUUACUGGACCGUACGGUAUGUAUUUGUACGAAGAAUAACCGGAUUGACCUUAAACGAAAACCAGUUAAUUUGUUAACCAACGAAUCCUCCAAAAUUCCCCACCUAAUGGGAAUGUGAUGUAAUCGCACAUAGCAAACAACUGUCCGAAACAAAUGACUUUAUCUUCGGGUUCUAUGCCGUACUCUUUCAUCUUUUCAAUGGCGAAUCGAACGGUGUCUUCGUUAUGCGAGGCCACCAUUAUGGCGAUUUUCUUAUCUUCCCCUUUCUGCUUGAAGGCCUUGAUCCUCCUCAGGCAUUCGGACAGCGUGUUGUGGUACAUCUCCGUGGUGGCCUCGUAAUUUGGGUUCGUCGGAUCGGGAUAAUCCAUCGCUGCAGCUCGGGCUCUUU